AGUCAUGAUUUAACAGAUGCUGUGUGACAUGCAUGAUAUUUUAUCAAACAUUAUUUGCACCUUAACAAGAUUAAACGUCAACCAGAUUUGAAGUUUGAAGCAGAGUAAACGAGGACGAUGUAAUGAUGUGAAACUGCGUGGAUCCGCAGCCGGAGCGUUUUAACCCCGUGACAAGAAAGGUUUCCAUCAUGUCCAACCUGGUUCAGACCACCUCUGACAGUCUGUGUAAGCUCGUCCGCUGGGCUCACAGCCACGGCACCAUCUGUAGUCUCAUCCCCAGCUUGCAGCACUUCACCUAUGGUUCCCACGCUAAUGUGCUGACGCCAGAACCCGGUCCCCAUGGUAGCAGCGUCCCUGUCGCCGUGUGGGGUUGUGACGCUGGACACGCCUACCACUGGCCCCUCAAUGACCAAAGCAACAGCUGCGGCGGCUCAGCGAAUACCAGUCAGGGCCAGGAGAGGUUUGUUGGAGGGCGACGGUCCAAUAAGGUGACAGCGAGGGCAUCAUGUGACCUCUCCUGCAGCGAAGCAGCAUCAGAGGGCGAAGAGUUCAACGGCCGACUGUUUGACAUUACUGGUUGCGAUUCGUCAGCCACAGACGAUGACGACGACUAUGAGCCACGCCCAUCCAGAAAAAGAGGCAGGACACCAGGAGGAGCAGUUCCCGGGAAGAAGGUCAAACAGGAAGAAACCUCUGCAGAGGAUCAUGACACUGCUGCUAGCAUGGUACUGGACGCGACAGACGCUGUCUGUGCCUCACAAGCCUCUAGGACACCAAAGCCGCAUUCUCAAAUCACAAACACACUGUCGACAAACAAGCCAGCCUGCCCCUCAACCGGUGAAGUAAAAGUGGAUCCAGAGAUGGAGCUGCACGGAGGAGGCAGCUGCAUGACAGGGACCACGGAGCACACCGAGAGAUGCAGCUCCGCCACAGAGACUACAGAAAAACCUGCAGGGGGUCAGGAUGAGCUGGAGAAACUGCAGGCGUUACUUUCUGCAGAACGCAGCCGAAACCAGCAGAUGACGGAGAUCAUCUCCAGUCUGAAGCAGGACAAAGAGCUGCUGCAGCAAGAGCUCACCAAGAAAGCCGAACUCAUCUGUGACUUCCUGCAGGACAAACUGCGGCCAGAGAAGAGGUGGCCGUGCUCUAAUCAAAAGGAACCAGGAAGUUCACACGUGCCGUCUUCUGACGAAGUGGCAGGGAUCGAUUCGCCGACAAUGUUUGACUCGUUCGAAGAAAUGGAGCUUCACCCUCUGGACCAACACCGCACCCUGAAGAGCAAGAGGAGCCGGGACGGAGAAAACACCCGAGUCAGGAUGAAAAAUGUUGCAGGUGUGAUAGCCCGCUACAUGGGAGCCCUCAAGGAGUUUCGCCGCAGUGUUUCCAUGAAGGUGGCCUUUGACCGGGUUGGUGUGGACCGCAACACGAUCUCCCGUACGGCGGCCAUCGCUGAGCUCAGCCUGGCUGCUCCGGAGGUGUUUCAUGCACUGGCACCGUGGGAUGAGAGGGAGGAGACGCUGGCACAUUACGCCCACCGCUGUCGGCAGGCCAUGGAUGACGGCAUUAAGGCCAAGAUCAAAAUGAUGAAGGCGAAAGGUGAACUGCUUCCUAUUGUGUCAAAGUGACCAACAGUUACGGACUGACUGAAUCAGAGGACUGCAGUGCACGUCUUGUACGUAUAAAAAGAAAACCCACCUUUGGAUUCUCCUGUCCUGUUAGAUAAUGCACCAUGUGGUCUACAGCUCAUUCCAGUUUUAUACUUUAUACUGCAAGGUUUUUGAAAUUUCGUUUUUCACAAUCUCUUGUGCUUUUCAUCAUCAUGUGGCUGAACAACAUUCUGGCCACAUUUCUGCUGCUGUGGGUGCAGACUUUGUCUUCCAUCCAAUGGAUUUCUCCUUGAAUGGCUGGAAAACAUCCAUGCAAAAUCUGUACUCUGGAAAGAAUAAGCGGACUCUAAAUUUAAGUGGUGCAUGGAAGAAUAUAAGAGAUGUAAGAAUUUGACUUUUACAGCCACUUAACAUUUGAAUUUUAAAUAAGUUAUACACAGCAUUGAAAUGUUUUAACUUAAAAACCAUGUGUGUCUAAACUGAUUUUGAUUCACCUCAUUGGAAUUAAAAUAUUAAAUGUAUUGCUUCUCAGUUUCACAAGCUCAAUUUGAAUAUAUGUAUAUUUUGAAGUUUUACAAAUUUAGAUCCAAAAAUUAAAGUUAGAUCUUAAAAACCAAAUUAUAUUCAGGCUGCUCAAAUUUGCUUCUAUUCAGAUCCAAAAAUUCAAGUCACAAAAUUUCAAAAAGCAACAUCCGGGCUACUCAGGACAGGCAAGUCAGUCGAACCUGAAUGCAGCUUAACCGACUUCUGGCCUGUCAGAGCGCAGUCUGUCAGUCACGUGAUGUGAUUUUUCAGUAAAUAGUCCUUUAUAAAACAGGAAGAGGUCCUGAGAUUUUUGUAUGCAUGGUAAUAUAUGGUAUUUUUUGUUGCACGUGUAGUUUUGUGUGCUGCCUACCACUUUUAAAAUAAAUCACUAAAAAUAGUGAGCAUUAUGAAUUAAAGUAAGAUUUCUUUCCUUUUAAAAAG